UCUCCUUGAUUUCAUUCCACUUUGAAAGACUCGCUGCUGUUUGGUCACGCGGCUGCACGAGAGUUUGUCACCCAAGCGCCUCCAUACUGUGUCAGGUGUAUCCCAAAGACAAAUCAGGGUCGAACCUUGGUACAGUCCGGCUACGAUCCACGUGUGGAACACAGCAUUUCGAAUCAUUAACCCACUUUAAAUAUUUCGCUCUAUAAAGUCUUGUAAUACCCAGCCAUUCUCUCUCCCAACCUUCCAACGCUUCCACCACAAGCCAUGGCCUCUGAAUCGCCGAAGAAGUCCGUUAACUUUGCCGAAAAGACUAUGGAGCAAAUCAUCGAGCCCGCUUCUCCCGUCCAGCUCUCAACCACCGAGUGCUCGCACCACAUUCCCGCUCGGAACUUCACCUUCCUCGCCCUGGCGCCGGUCACUUCUGCUUCCUACCCCUCCCGCCCACGCAUCUCCUCCACUGCGUCGAAGGCUUCGGCCUCUUCCAUCGUCGACCGAGUUGACGACUUCAUCCCGGCCGAGAUGGCGUCUCCAACAGUUGGCUCCGCGGACACCACCGCCGAAGAGAUCGAAUACAUGUUGAAGAAGAGGCGGUCCAGCAGCGUCAGCAGCUCUGAGUCGUUUGGCCGUCCACGAUUCCUCAAGCUGGGCCCCGUCCACUGGGGCGGUGAGCCGGGUGUUCCGGACUUCACUCUGCUGGAGUAGACGGAACCACGCAUGAGGGCUGACUAAAGCCAAUAGCAUUUGGAUUCAGCGGGGUUGGAGUUUGGCCUGGAUGAUCAUAUGUGCUGCAUGGAAGACGCGCAGCUG